ACAAAAUAAACGCAAUUUUGACACUUCAAUAUUUUUACAUCAUUUUAUGAUCCAAACUUUAGGUUAUGCCAGAAAGAUUCAAAAAGAAGUUGCACAUAGAUUUUCGCAAGUUUUUGUCUUCUAUUAAAUACUUGUCUAUCUUUGGGUAUUUAAGUACCCAAUAACAGUUUGUACAAAACUACAGGCUGUAAAACUGCUACAUAUUUCAUAAAAAAUCACAUCUCCGUUACUCAAAAUUCAAAAUUGAAAAAUAUCUUUAUUCAUUAUAUGCACACUCAAGAUAAAAUAAAUAAAAUGUAUAAUUAUACAAAAUCUGAUAAUAAAAGUAUUAUACUUGGAAAUAGCAAAACUACACCAUUCUUAGACUUACUGAAGUCAAAAUGGGAUAAUGUGCAUGAAGAAAGCGGUGUUUUUAGAUAUAAAAUCAACAAUUUGCAAGAAAAAAUUGUUGGAAAGUAUUUACUACAGUUGAAUCCUGACAGAAGCACAAAAAGAAGACAGCCAGAACAAAUAGACAAGAUUUGCCAGCCAUUUGAUGAAAAUAAAUUCAAUUUCAAUAAAGUAUCUCCUAAGGAAAUACUCUUCAAUAUGGUAAAAGAGAAAGAUUCCGAUGUACAUACAGUGCUAGUAAAUGUAAGUCCUAUCUCAAGGUAUCACAGUCUACUAUGUCCGGCGGUAUCGAAAUGUUUGCCUCAAAUAAUCACAGAAGAUAGUUUGAUCGUCGCGCUAGAGGUUAUGUUCUUAGCGCAAAAUAGGGACCUAAGGAUUGGAUUUAACAGUCUAUGUGCACUGGCUUCUGUCAAUCAUUUGCACUACCACCUGUUUAUAGAACCAAGCACGCUUCCUGUCGAAACGGUUAAAUGCAAGCACAUAAAAGGGCCCCUUUACAGUUUCGAAGACUACCCUGCCCCAGGAUUUUGCUUCCAAAUCACAUCUGAAGAUUCCAUUAACGAGAUAUCGAGACAAAUAUAUAAACUGAUAUCUUAUUUGUUGGAGAACUCUAUCGCACACAAUUUAUUUAUAACUAGAGGGACUAAUUUGGUGCUAGAAAGUGAUAAAGAAGUUGUAAGGGUCGUGAUAUGGCCGAGGAAAAGCAGUGUUGGUGCCAAACAGUUCGCGGCAUUUAAUAUUGCUGUGUUGGAGUUGAGUGGAUGGUUCCCUGUCUAUGAUGAAAAAGAUUUUCGAAAUCUAAAACCAGAAACAUUAGAACAAGAAUUAAGGAAAUGGAAAAUAGCGGAUUUCAGUCAACUCAGUGAUGAAGUGAAGUCUUUGUUUUAAAUAGCAAAUGUUCAUAUAAGUAGAAAAUUA